AUGGGGAACAACAGCCAAACCCUGGCCACAGACUUCAUCUUCCUGGGUUUCUCCAGCCUGGCGGAACUGCAGAAGCUGCUUCUUGUCGUGUUUUUGCUGCUGUACCUGGUCACUCUGAGCAUGGAUACCACUCUAAUGAUUAUCAUAUGGGUUGAUCGGAGCCUUCACACACCCAUGUACUUUUUCCUUUGUGUCUUGUCAUUUUCUGAGACUUGCUACACAUUUGCCAUUGUCCCCAAGAUGCUGGUAGAUUUGACAGCAGAGACAAAAACCAUUUCCUUCCUGGGCUGUGCUGUACAAAUGUACUUCUUCCUUUUCUUGGGGUGCUCUCACUCCUUCCUCCUGGCAGCCAUGGGCUAUGACCGCUGUGUUGCCAUCUGCUACCCCCUGCACUACAACAGCAUCAUGACUUGGAGAGUCUGUGCUCAGCUGCUGGUUGCUUCUGCUCUGAGCGGUUUGCUAGUUGCCCAGGUGGUUACCCCCUUGAUAUUUUGCUUGCCCUUCCAGGCAUCCAGGAAACUCAACCAUUUCUUCUGUGACAUCUCCCCUGUCCUCCGGGUGGUCUUGACUCACACAAACCUCAGCGAGGCCAUUAUCUUCGCACUGGGCAUCUCCGUCCUUACGAUCCCACUGAUGCUGAUCCUCAUUUCAUACCUCUGCAUUGUCUUGGCCAUCUUGCAGAUCCCUUCAGCCGCAGGGCGGCACAAAGCCUUCUCCACCUGCAGUGCUCACCUGAUAGUCGUGGUUGUUCAUUAUGGCUGUGCCUCCUUCAUCUACCUGAGACCCAGCUCCAGCUACUCAUCGGAUCAGGAUGCAUUGAUCUCUGUCACUUAUACGGUCCUCACUCCCCUGCUCAACCCUAUGAUUUACAGCCUAAGGAACAAGGAUGUCAAAAUGGCUCUUCAAAAUGCAAUCAGCAAAAACAUAUUCUCUCAGAAGGUUUUCCAGUGA